AUGUCGCCGUCGAAGGACAGGGCGUUCCUACUGGGAUCGUCGCCGUCACGUGACAUUGAGCGGCUGUUCGAUGACCAGAAUGUCGCAGAAACGGGCUGGACUCCAUACAUAGAUAAGAUAUUUGGCACGCAGCCAACAGCCCAGACGCCCGGGAAAACGCCACUGGGCAAGACCCCGGUGGCCGGGGUGCAGAUGCCGGGUCAGGGUCAGCCCCAUGGGCCCAGUAUGGCUUCGUACCGGGCCAGCCCGACGCAACAUCGCAAAUUUCGACAUAGCACUUCGAAAUUUGUCGACGAGACUCCAUUCUCGUCGCACAUGACACCGUCACCGCCUUGGACGUCAUCUUUUCGGACUCCGCUAGCCGACAAGUCGUUCCGGGUGUCUGAUUAUUUGUUUGACACCCCUGGAACGCUUUCUCGGGCAGAUGAGAUGGCUUACGCGUCGAUCGACCCGGAAAUAAAGUCUGCACUCGACGAAAACGACAAGGAGAAUGAUCCCAUGGUCAUGGGUAUGCUGUCGACUCCCGAUGGGUGCAAGACUUAUCGGCUGUUUAAGACCCCGAUGUCGGCGAAACUGGCAAAGUUGAACGGUGCUAAAACCUCGCAAAUACAGCAAACACAGCCUCGGUCGCGAACACAGCAGUCACAACCGCAAAUGCAGCAGUCACAGCCACAAAUACAACCUUUACAGUCGCAAAUACAACCUCUACAAUCACAAAUACAACCUCUACAGCCGCAAAUUCAACAAUUGCAACCUCAACUCCAGCAAAUACAACCCCAACUCUCCUUAUACAGUACUCCACUCAAGGCGCAGCUCAGAACGCCGUCUCGAACCCGGCAGGCCGGAAUUAUCGACUCUUCGCCAUCAACAAUAUUGCUAACGUCAACUGUGAAAAAGUGCGAGGGUCCCAAGCCAGACGGGGUGGACAACUCCCCUACACCAGCGACAAAAUCACAUUUGUCGAAUCCUCCUUGCCGGCUAGUGCACUCCAACUCUGCAAUUGAGCCUGCAAUGGGGCUUUUUGAGGGUCGUGGCGCUCCUAAGACUCUUCACCGGGCCAAAACUGCAAUUUCAAGUAGUUCCUCGGGUCUUCCAAUGAUGGCAACAUUUUCUUCCUCUUCGGGACAACGUUCUGGACAUAAAAGGCGUGCUCCAGGUUCCGGAAAUACUGGAACGGGCAAGUUUCAGAUCAUAUUUGCCGAUAUGAACUCGCUGAAGGCCUCAUAUUCGAAUAAAAGGGCCAAAAGGGCGCGGAACGGGUCCUCAUCUGGCAGAAAACAUUCUAGAAACAGCUCAAAGUCUGCUCGAAAGAUAUGA